AUUGAUGAAAAGAAAUGUUCAAACAAGUUCGUUGAAGAAAACUCCGAAACUGCUGUUGACCUCAUAAUGAAGCAGCUGGUGGAGAGGAGGACACUUUACCAAAAACAUCGUCAAGAGGCAAACGCCUGUAAAAGACUAAGUGAAAUGCAGUCACUUUCAAUGAAUCAGUGGAUCACUGAAGAAGUACAACGCAUUGACCACGCAUCUAAUCUUAUGACAUUCCUUGCGUCGAAUGAUAAUAAUGACAUGGUAGAUUUAUUUAUGGUAAUACUGAGCAAUUUCGCCGAGAUUUUUUCGCAUCCGAAUGAGAGCAUUAAAAAAGCAUUGAAGCUAGUUUUCUUGAAUAUGGUCACAUGA